AUGCCUUUCUGUGGGGGUGUUCGGAGUGGUUGUUCGUUGUCGUCUGAUGAGGUGAUUGGUAGCAGACAGAAAAAAUUGGACGAGGUGUCUGUGAGUGUCGCCAAACUGGCAGACUUCAUUGAGGAAGGAGUGGUGGAUUAUGCAAAGGCAAACCCUGGAACCGUUGUGUAUGUGUCGCCUCAGGGCAGUAGGAUCCCCAAGAUUGUUGCUGAAUAUUUGAAUGGCAAAGUGAGAGAGGAAAUCAUCACAUCUAAAACCGCACCACAGAUUUCAGAGCUUCUCACCAAACUGACCAAUCAGUCGGGGCUGGACAUUAUCCGCAUACGAAAACCCUUCCACACAGACGCCCCGAGUAUCCAGGGACAAUGGCACCCCUUCACAAACCGACCUCCGUCUAUCGGCCCCAUCAGACCACAGUAA